AUGUUGUCUAGAUUCAUCCCAUCAUCUGUUAGAAUCGCUUCAAAGAAUGCUGGUUCAAUUAGAACCUAUUUAGGAUAUACAUCUGGAGUUGAUAAGAGAAAGGUUACCAUUAUCCCAGGUGAUGGUAUUGGUCCAGAGAUUACCUCAUCGGUUAUGGGUGUAUUCCAAGCCGCCAAGGUUCCAAUCGAAUGGGAAGUCUUUGAUAUUUCCGGUGGUCAACCAAUCUCUCAAGAGCUCGUUGCCUCUAUCUCUCGUAACAAGGUUGCUCUCAAGGGUCCACUCUACACCAACAUCUUGUCUGGUGCUCAAUCACGUAACAUGGAAUUACGUAAGGCUCUCGACCUCUACGCCCACGUCAUCCCAUGCAAGAAGAUUCCAGGUAUCACUGUUCGUCACUCUGAUGUCACUGUCGAUCUCGUCGUCAUUCGUGAAAAUACUCAAGGUGAAUACAGUGGUCUCGAACAAACUUUGGUUCCAGGUGUCGUCCAAUCUUUAAAGAUCAUCACCAAGGAAGCCUCUACCCGUAUUGCUCACUAUGCUUUCCAAUAUGCUAAAGCCAACGGUAGAAAGAAGGUUACUUGUAUUCACAAGGCAAACAUUCAAAAAAUGACUGACGGUUUAUUCUUGGAGACAUGUAAACAAGUUGCCAAGGAAUACCCAGAGAUUACUUUUGAUGCAAUGAUUAUUGAUAACUGUUGUAUGCAAUUGGUCAUGAAGCCAGAGCAAUUCGACGUCAUGGUUACACCAAACUUGUACGGAAACUUGGUUACCAACGUCGGUGCCGCCUUGAUUGGUGGUCCAGGUUUGGCUGCCGGUGCCAACGUCGGUGAGAGAGCUGCCAUCUUUGAAAUGGGUGCCCACCACGUCGCUGCCGAUAUCGCCGGUCAAGACAAGGUCAACCCAACCGGUUUAUUAUUCGCCUCUUCAAUGAUGUUGAAGCACAUGCAAUUGAACGACUAUGCUGAAAAGAUUGAAAACGCUGUCAACAAGGUCAUCAGUGAAAAGAAGAUCUUGACUGCCGAUAUGGGUGGUAACGCCUCUACCAAGGAAUUCACUCGUGCUGUCAUUGAUACUAUCGUUCAAAACUAA